GUUUUGGUUAAAUAAUACGAUUAAUUCGGUCACUACUUAUUGACGCCUCAAAACAGUUACACUGUACACAUUCUUUGUUUCUUUCCCUCGGAUCUCGACUUUAUUUUUCAAUUCUCUUUUGAUGGCCACCAUCGCUGGACUCUCCGGUUCCUAUGAAAUCACCAACGGAUACAGCUUCAUCGCCGAGUCCUCUAUCGACAACCCCGCGGCGGAGUUUCUAACAUCACCGGAGUUUUCGGCGCUGCAACUCCUCUCCACCUGCCUAGAAUCAGUCUUCGACUCGCCGGAGACUUUCUACAGCGACGCCAAGCUAAUUCUCUCCGACGGCCGCGAGAUAUCCUUCCACCGCUGCGUUCUCUCGGCGAGGAUACCCGUCUUCAAGAACGCGCUAGCAUCCGCCGUGAAGGAUCGAAAACCCGCCGCCGUCGUCAAGCUCGAGCUAAAGGAGAUCGCGAGAGAUUACGACGUGGGUUUCGACUCGGUGGCGACUGUUUUGGCUUACGUAUACAGCGGCAGAGUGAGGCCGCCGCGGAAAGGAGCUUCUGAUUGCGUUGACGAUGGUUGCUGCCACGUGGCGUGCCGUCCAGCUGUGGAGUUCUUGAUGGAGCUUCUCUACUUAGCUUACGUCUUCGAGAUACCCGAGUUAGUUUCUUUAUACGAGAGGCAGUUCUUGAAUAUUAUAGACAAUAUUGUUAUAGAAGACAUCUUGGUGAUAUUCAAGCUCGCUAACAUCUGUGGUGAAGCAUACAAGAAGCUUUUAGAUAGAUGCGUAGAGAUUAUCGCCAAGUCAGAUAUAGAGAUCGUUACUCUCGACAAGUCUUUACCCCAAGACAUCGUCAAACGAGUCACCGACAUCCGCAAAGAGCUCGGUCUCGAGCCGCCCGAGCCGGAUAAACAUGUCAUGAACAUAUACAAGGCCCUUGACUCCGACGAUGUUGAGCUUGUCAAGAUGCUUUUGACAGAAGGACACACGAGUCUAGACGACGCCUACGCUCUUCACUACGCUGUUGCACAUUCCGAUGUGAAGACGGCCUCUGAUCUCAUUGACAUCGAGCUCGCUGACGUGGACCAUAGAAACCCGAGGGGAUACACGGCGCUUCACGUUGCUGCGAUGCGCAACGAGCCGAAGCUGAUGGUUUAUUUAUUGACUAAAGGUGCGAAUGCGUCGGAGACGACGUUUGACGGUAGAACGGCUCUGGUGAUUGCGAAAAGGCUCACUAAAGCUUCGGAGUAUAAUGCUAGUACGGAGCAAGGGAAGCCUUCUCUGAAAGGAGGGCUAUGCAUAGAGGUACUAGAGCAUGCGUGUAAACUAGGUAGGUUGCCUAGAGAUGAGUUACCUUCUCUUCCAGCUACUCCUGAUGAAUUGAGGAUGAGGCUGCUCUAUCUUGAAAACAGAGUUGCACUGGCUCGAAUCCUAUUUCCAGUGGAAGCUCAAGUGGUAAUGGAUAUCGUCAAACUGGAGGGAACAUGCGAGUUUACUGCUUCUAGUCUCGACCCUGACCAACACAGUGGUGCGAAGAGGACAUCACUGGACUUAAACAUAGCACCUUUCGUAAUCCGAGAGGAGCAUUUGUGUAGACUAAUAGCGCUUACUAACACCGUGAAGCUAGGGAAACGAUACUUUCCACGCUGUUCGCUCGAUCACUUUAUGGACUCUGAGGACUUGAAUCAUCUGGCUUGUGUAGAAGAGGACACUCCUGAGAAACGGCUACAGAAGAAGCAAAGGUACAUGGAACUACAAGAGACUGUGAUGAAGACCUUUAGUGAGGAGAAGGAUGACUCUGGAAAGUCUUCCAAAACAAGAUCAGUGAGGUCCAAUGGUAAGCUCUCCCACCGGCGCCUAAGGGUGGACAAAAGAGAUUUAGAGAAAAGGCUUUGCAGGAACAGGAAGGGGGAUUCAAGAAUAGAAAAGCAUGUCACAUUUCAAGCCCGCAACUAAAAUUAUGGUAAGUUUUGUACACCCCUGCGUCUUUUUUAAGACUCUUCGGGUAAGUUUUGUUGUAUAUAUGUUUUCAUAUAUGUAUUAUUGUCUGUCUUUCUCAUCUGCGUCAAUAUGAGGUUUGACCUUCACUUUGCAUCCUGUGUAUUAGUGUAUACUUUGUGCAAGCGUAUUUUGAACAAAUGUUAGUCGUUUGUUAACCAGUGAUGUGAUUAUAUGUAUAUUUUCUAUGUUGUUUACGCU